AAGAGAUUUGGAAUCAUGUCUGGGAGAGGCAAAGGUGGAAAAGGACUCGGUAAAGGGGGCGCGAAGCGUCACCGCAAAGUUCUGCGCGAUAACAUCCAGGGAAUCACCAAACCGGCCAUUCGUCGUCUCGCUCGCCGUGGUGGCGUCAAACGUAUUUCGGGUCUGAUCUACGAGGAGACUCGCGGUGUGCUGAAGGUGUUUCUGGAGAAUGUUAUUCGUGAUGCCGUCACCUACACUGAACACGCCAAGAGAAAGACAGUUACUGCUAUGGAUGUCGUCUAUGCUCUGAAACGACAGGGACGCACUCUGUACGGCUUCGGAGGUUAA